AUGCCUGUCGAGCCCAUCAUUCACAACAUCUUCGAGCCCAAGACUUCCACUUGGCAGUAUAUCGUGGCCGAUCCCAAGACAAAGCAUGCCGUCAUCAUCGAUCCCGUGCUCGACUUUGACCCCGUCAAGAAUGCUCUAACCACUGAAAGCGCGGAUGCGCUGAUCUCCUUGGCCAAGGCAAAUGAGUACAUCGUCGUGAGGGUGCUGGAAACUCACGUGCACGCCGAUCACAUCACCUCUUCGAACUAUCUGCAACUGAAACUUACCGCGUCUCAAGAUCUGCGCCCCGACAUUUGCAUUGGUAAGCGCGUCGGGCAGACGCAAGAUCGUUUCGGCCAGCGAUAUGGAAUUCCCGAAAGCGAGUACAAGGACGCGUUUGAUCAUCUCCUGGACGACGACGAAGUCUUUUCCAUCGGGGAGCUUGAAGCCAAGGCAAUCCACCUGCCUGGACACACACCCGACCAUCUUGGCUACGUUAUCGGAGAAAACGUAUUCUGCGGCGACUCUCUUUUCAACCCUGACGUUGGCUCAGCCCGCUGCGACUUCCCAGGCGGUGAUGCCUCCACCCUAUACGCCUCGGUGAGGAAGAUGCUCAGCUUGCCAGAGAAGUUCAAAAUCUGGACCGGCCAUGACUACCCCCCAGGCGGCGCCGACGGUCGCGCCGAUCCUCUUGCCGUGACUACGGUUUCCGAGCAAAAUCAAGCCAACAAGCAUCUAAAAGAUCAGGUCCCCGAGGCGGAAUUCGUGCAGUGGCGCACGGAGCGCGACGCCAACCUUGCCGCUCCACGACUGCUCCACCAAUCCCUCCAGCUUAAUAUCAGAGCUGGGAAGAUGCCUUCAAAGAAUGCGGCGGGUGAUAUGUUGUUGCAUCUUCCCAUCCAGCUCGGCUGGGCAUAA